ACGUGUACAAAACUAUAUAGUGAAUUACUAUAGAUACAUGCUACAUUGCUUCGUUCGCGAGGUUGUGUUUAAGAUGGGUGCCGACAAAAACAGUGAGACUCUUGUUGUGCAAAUCAAUAAGUGGGACGGUUCGGCCGUGAAAAAUGCAUUGGACGACGCGGUUAAGGAUGUACUUACGAAAAAGUACAACUACAUAGAGAACUUUGCAUUACUCGAUGGGAGGUUAAUUCUCAGUGGAAUAGCUGUAACAGUAGCUAUUAUUGCCUUACUGUGCGACCAGCAGUAUCCUUUCCCAGCAUCUAAGCCUGUUUUAGUCGCCUGCGCCUCUACAUACUUUCUGUUAAUGGGAAUUUUGACACUGUAUACAACGUACAAGGAGAAGAGUAUAUUCGUUGUCGCGAUACAUAGAGAUCAAGCGGGUUUCAAUCCUGAUCUUAUUUGGGAAGCGAGCUCCUAUUUGAAAAAACACGACGAUAAAUACAACCUGGUAUUGUCCGUCAGGAAUACAGCUACUGGAAAUGUGAACGAAACCAGCGUCACAAAGUCUGUAGGGAACUUCAUAGACGUCAAUGGCGUUGUUAUUCCAGAAUUAGUUGAGAACGUCGUGACAAACAUGCACGACAGUUUAACCAGUCAACGCAAAGAGAAGUAACAGGGGAAAUAUCAUACUUAUUUAAUUAAAUGCAACACUCAUUCUUUUUUAAUUCAUAAAACAACAAUUAUCUUUCCACGUUUCGCGUACUUAUCGUCGGUAUAAAUACAAUCUGAAAAUAAAGCCCACAGACUUAAAAUGAGAUAUGUAUUGUAAUUCGUGUCUAAAUAUAAUAGAAAAAGAAAUAUAAAUUUUUACAUAGC